AUGGAAACCAUUGUCGAUCUGAUUCUCACCCCGUUUAGGGAUAUCGUCGACAAGGGGAGAACAGCUAUCCAGAAUGCCGGUGAUACGCAGCCCAUGCUCAAGGCCUCUCAGGCAUUGCUGAAGGAAGGCGAGCGUGCUCUAAAGAAGAUAGAGCCGCUAUGCAAGAAGCACUUUGACGACUAUGGGCCGGCUUUUCUUGAAGCAGUAAAAGACAAUGAGGACAUUGCCCAGUUCCGAGUCCAGCUUACCGACAUGCUGUGGGAGUUUGACGAUUAUAUCGAAGUAGAUGACUUUGAUGCCGACAAGUUCACCGAGCUUCAGAUGAUGUCACGGACGGCUGCACCCAAGAUCUACGAUAUCCUCUUGAAGAUGAAGCUCGAAGCGCCAGUCCAGCCAUUCAAUCAAGAGCAUUUCAUGUCACAGCUGUCACCUCCGUCAUCGCCUCAUCCCACGCCGACGAUGCUUCUGCCACCCAUGAUGCCUAACAUGAUGCCCACCACAGCACCACCUUCAACAACUGGUGCAAGCUCAGUCGGCAGGGACUCCAUAUCGAGCUCCAAGACAGACAACAGAUCUGUCAUGGAUACAGGCCCGGUUGAGAAUGCCAACGAGCAGUUGAGUGUGAUACUUGACAAGGCGUUUAACAGCGACAGCAACACCCUCGAGCUCAUCUCUCAACCACCCCCAGCGCCACCUCCGGACAGGGCCCUUCCUCCCCCUCCACCGCCGCCACCGGCAACACUGGAACAACUGCCCCCAAGGCCACCGUCAACAAACCCGUGGGACAUUAGAGUCAAGACUGUCGCUUCUGACGAUGAACGUCCGCGCGAUGCUCCCUCAGCACGCCGAAGGCCGCCUGUUGAGCCAGCUCUCCACACACCGGUUGAAGGAACAUCACCAAUCAGCCCGUAUACUACUUCUAGAAACUUUUCAAUUCCACGUCCCAACCACCCGGACAGUGCUCGCAGCUCUGGGUUGCUUCAGGAAUACACAAGCGAUUCAGAGGACAAGCAUUCGUCCAUGGCCACCACAAUCAGCAGCCAAUUGUCAAACUACAGCAUGAGCCCUACUCAAACUUCACGGCCUCGAGCACCAAGCAAUCACAGCAACACCACCUACAGCAGCAGCACGCCAACCAUACCCGAAGAAAUGCUAAAGACCCAGAAUAUCAGGUCGAGGAGCACUUCACGACAACGCCCUGCGGUCAUGUACUCACCGAUGCCCUACAGAUCGCAGCGUCCACGCCAGCCAUCGCACCCAACCUCGGCUGAUGAGCGAGUGGAUGACGCUAGGACUAUUCGCAGGAAUGAUUCAUUCAGGAACGAUUCAUUAAGCGAGCCCGGACAUCAAGCUAUCGAGCGUAGAGAGUCUGAUGCUGAGAGCUUAAUUGACCCGAACCCUCUCCCCAUCAGCACAAGAGGAUCCGUUGCCGACCCCGGACCGCCAGUAGCUCCUAACCCAGAGCCGCCGCUACCAACAAAAGAGCAGCAACAGCAGCAGCAGCCAGGACUGGAGCUCGCUCGCCGCAACACGGGCCAUACCUUGUCCGAUGGUAUGGAUAGUGGUUUGAUCCCAGUAGACUCCUCUGUGCCUGGAGCUCAUCUGGCGAAUCUACCACCACAGGAUCUGUCCAUCGACAACUUUAGUUCAUUUUAUGUGCAGAAGCAAUUCUGCGCUGGAGCUACCGACGUUAUAAACGGAGGAAUUGGUGUCAAGAGACAAAAGAAGCCUGGCCUCACCACAGCCGUGGUUGCUAAAUGCACGCAUUGUCUGUAUGAGCUCGACUUUAAGCACCUUGAGUAUGAUAUCAGCAAGAAAGAGGAGGGUAAUUACACCAAGCAUGGCGUUGGAUACCGCCUCCGUUUCUUGCAAAAGAGCCACUUGCAAGCCAAGCGCGUUGAUGAUAUCAUGUAUGCCUGCGUCUUUUGCAUCCACACCAGCCGAACACUGGACCAAAGCGACGCCACGGUCUUCACAUCUACAGCUGCAUUGUUUGCCCACUUGGCCCGGCAUCCUCGGCCACUUCCAGAUGUUCCUGGUAUCGCUGUAGUGGACCAAGAGGAAAUCCCACCGCAUCUGGUCAACGAUUACGAUCUCCUCUUCAAGAGCCCUCCCGAACCUCACCCCGUACAAGAAAGAGCUGCGGAGAUUGCCCAUCUCCCUACAGCUCAUGCAAAGGAAUCAGCUCGAAGACUUUUUGGCCAGAGACUGCUGCCUGACAGAACACCGGCCUUGGAGCUGAUUCAAGGAGCUAAGAUUACGGGUCUAACUUGGCCAGCUCGAUAUGGCGGAGAGUGGGCUUUCGGCUGGCACGACGGUGUACACGCCUCGAUUCCCAUGGAAAUUAUAAAGCUAGACCGACCCCCCUUUAGCCAGAUCAAGAGGAACAACACGAGCCGCAUCCGUGCCAAGGCUAAGUGGAAGUUUGCUCCAAAGGAGAAGAACGAGGACUGGCUCAAGUUUGACAAGGACGAAAUCAUCACCAACAUCACUUGGUCAUAUCCUGAGUAUUGGUGCUGGGCCGGUACAAACUCAAAGGGUAAAUGGGGAGUCUUCCCCCAGGCGUUCCUCGACUCAAACUCGCUGCAAGAGAUUACAUCGACGAUCAGCUCGGACCGCGCCAGCAUUCUCAGCAGCGAGAAGAACAAGUCGAACACUAUGCUACCCAAAUUUUCCACCCGGAGCAAGAACGGACGUCCUCCGAGUGUCGCCGGAUCGACAAGCAGUGGAGAAACACGAUCGGUAUUUGGAAACUCACGGAGCCUUCGACGAUCGCGAGAGGAUUACUGA